CCGCCCACCGAAGCGUGUCCACUUCAGGAAGCCCGUCACUGUUUCCUCCUGAGGAGUUUAAGGAGCCCAUGGAUACAGGAGGGCCCAGUUAGGGCCUGGGGCAGCUGCACCUGCCGAGCUGGAGCCUCAGGGCCACGGGACCUGGCUCUCGCCUUGCCUCUGCUCAGGGCCCCAGGCCCGCGUUCUGGCCUCCCGAGCCAAGUUGGAAAAAGAGUCUGAGGAGGGGACGACUUGAGCCUGGGGGGAAGCGGGGCCUUCCCGCUGCGGGCCGGCCUUGGGCGCGAAAGUCCGUCCCAGGUGCAGAAAGGGCCCGAGGAUUUGCUGGUCGGGGGGAACUUGUGGGGAUGGAGGCUGCGUGGGGCAUGACACUCUCCCCUCCACAACAGUCCGAGGUUAUGCGUCUCAAUGAUCCCGCGGAAACGCUACGGGUCUAAGAACACGGAUCAGGGUGUCUACCUGGGUCUCUCAAAGACACAGGUCCUGUCCCCUGCAACUGCUGGCAGUGGCAGCAGAGACAUCGCCCCUCUGCCCCCCCCAGUGGCCCUAGUCCCUCCCCCUCCCGACACCAUGUCCUGCCGGGACCGGACCCAGGAGUUCCUGUCUGCCUGCAAGUCCCUGCAGAGCCGUCAGAAUGGAAUCCAAGCAAACAAGCCGGCUCUGCAUGCUGUCCGGCAGCGCAGUGAAUUCACCCUCAUGGCCAAGCGCAUUGGGAAAGAUCUCAGCAACACAUUUGCCAAGCUGGAGAAGCUAACAAUCUUGGCAAAGCGCAAGUCCCUCUUUGAUGAUAAAGCUGUAGAAAUCGAGGAGCUAACAUAUAUCAUCAAACAGGACAUCAAUAGCCUUAACAAACAAAUCGCCCAGCUUCAGGAUUUUGUGAGGGCCAAGGGCAGCCAGAGUGGCCGGCACUUGCAGACCCAUUCCAACACCAUCGUGGUCUCCUUGCAGUCCAAAUUGGCCUCCAUGUCCAAUGACUUCAAAUCGGUUUUAGAAGUGAGGACAGAGAACCUGAAGCAGCAGAAGAGCCGGCGGGAACAGUUCUCCCGUGCACCCGUGUCAGCCCUGCCCCUUGCCCCGAACCACCUGGGGGGUGGUGCUGUGGUUUUGGGGGCGGAGUCCUGUGCCUCUGGGGAUGUGGCCAUCAACAUGAUAGACUCUCGGACCAGCCAGCAGCUGCAGCUCAUUGAUGAGCAGGAUUCCUACAUCCAGAGCCGAGCAGACACCAUGCAGAACAUUGAGUCCACAAUUGUUGAGCUGGGCUCCAUCUUUCAGCAGUUGGCACACAUGGUUAAGGAACAGGAGGAAACCAUUCAGAGUGUCCUUCUGUUUCCUUUCCUCUCGGCCUGUCCCCAGGAUCGACGAGAACGUACUAGGAGCCCAGCUGGAUGUUGAGGCCGCCCACUCAGAGAUCCUCAAGUACUUCCAGUCAGUCACCUCCAACCGGUGGCUCAUGGUCAAAAUCUUCCUCAUCCUCAUUGUCUUCUUCAUCAUCUUUGUGGUCUUUCUUGCCUGAACCCUCUACUCUAAGGCACUCCGUGGGGGUUUGGAGCCCUCCCAGGCAGGUGGCCAGUGCUGCCACUGAGCCUGUGCAGGGUGCUUGGGAGAAAGGCCCUGUUUCCCUAGAACUGCUAAGAAUGGCCACACUGUCCCUUGACCCCCCGGCCCCUAUCUUGCCUCUGGCCACCGUCCUUCCUCACCACCCGUGGCCCAUGAAACAUAUAUGGUUCUGGAUUUGGACUCUGCUGUGAAGUGGCUGGAAGGGAGUAGAGGCCAGCUGGGGGCCAGUGGGAGAGGUGGUCUCCACUAGUUUUUAUAAACCCUCCCCCGCCUCUCCCAAAGGAAACUUCGGCAGCAAGGGGAAAUGAGGCCCUUCCCUACCUUCUUGGGAGCGAGGAGAGGAAGAGAAACUGUCCCAGGGACCAACUUCCCCAUCUGGGUUAGAACUUGACCUCUUUCUUCUUCCUCUCUUCACCAUAUGAGGCAGGGGGCCCUGAGCCCCUCCGCUGCCUUCACAACCCCCAACAUUGGCUGCUGGGACUCUGAAUCUGCCAAAUGUGCUGCAGCCCAUUCUCUCCCAAUUACAGCAAGACUGUCAGCCUCA